AUGUUUGACGUGACUCUCCGCCAACCAUUCCUCCCUGUAACUAAACCUACAUCUGUCCGACUCCCUCCCCUAAACAAUCUCUCCAUCUCUUUCCGGGUUUCUGAUACACUGCUCUCGUCUCUGUUCGAUUGGUUGCGAGCACUGCCCCGAUCAUCAUUGCGGAGGUUGGCAGUGCGACCACCUAAGGAGUUGUCAUUGACGAUAGGAGAAGCAAUUGAGUCAUUUGCAGCACGUCUCGAUUCUUUAGACCUGACCCUUGACGACUCGUACACGCUCACGGAUAUGGAACGGCUCAACCUUCACAGAUGCACUGGGCUGCGAACACUCUCCAUCUGGCACCAAUGCUCAAUCCCGCUUGCGGAGAUCCUGGACCUCGUCGCGCCCAGCAGCCGCAUUCACCAGCUCCGGCUGCAUGUGCGGGUGUCGCAACCUGAGCCCGAGUGGGUACGCGUGCGUAAUGUCCUUGCGUCCGAGCGAUUUUGUCAGCUGCAGGAAGUCGUGUUCUUGUUACCCCCGGACGAAGACGACCGAUUGGGCCCACAGAAGCAGCGGACGGUGAUGGGCGCUGUCGAGGACUUGCGCCAUCGAGAUGUCUCUGUGCGCGUGUCCAACUGGUCACCGCCUUUCCGUACCAUUUAA